AAUUUGAAUCCUGUUUGAAGGGGGAGAGGGAAAAGAGAGAGCCAGGGGAAUGUCUGAGGGAGUCUGAGGGAACCGGUGGGCAGGAGAGGCUUUGGACGACAGACUGCAGGAAACACUGGUUUAAAAAUACUCCCUCGGUUGCCAGAAAUAGACUCGGCGUUGGACGAGUUAAUCAGCGGCCGAAAAGUUCGGAGCGCAUUUUGCUGUGCGCUUUUUGGGUAACUCAAAGUCUAGUGGACAGUAUUGGGAUCAAUCAAAACAGCGUCAGGAGAAAAGCAAGAGCACCGCAGAGAUUUUUUUUUUACCCUCUGUCUCCUUAAAACGGGAACUGAAACUACGGGAUUCUUUUCGCUUUGCUCUCAUCUGUGGAUAAUCACAUUUUCAGCAUCUGCCGGAGUCACAACAAAACUUUUUCCAGCGCACAACUUUGGAUCUUUGCGCUGCUGAGAUGCGGUGAUGGAGUCCGGUGAUGUUUCCAAGAUGACUUCUCUUCUCAUGAAGCACAUUUUCAGAGGUGAUCUCCUCCCAACAAAAACCAUGAGCGGGUCUAAAUGGUUGUUUUUGAUCCUCACCGUCAUUUUUUCUGCUUGGAGGCCAGUAUCCGCCGGAUCACUCACAGAUUUGGAGUUUGAACGUAGUCCCACUACCAUCAUCUCUUCACUGGGCAAACCUGUUACAUUGCACUGCACCCUGAAAGGCACAGGGGGUGAGGAAGAGGACCCCCCUGAUGUGCUCUGGCUGAGAGACGGUGUGCCACUUCAGUACGCAGACACCAACCAGUUCCAAGUCCACACUGGCAGCAACAGUUGGACGAUCAUGAGCACGCUCAGUAUUGAGAAGGUCCAGCUUCCUGACAUGGGCUCCUACCGAUGUGCCGUUCUGUCAGAAAGCCACCAGACUAUGUCUGAUGAGGGGAGCAUUCAACUGGAGGGCCUUCCUCAUUUCUCUGUGGAGCCCCAGCACAUGUCUGUAGUGGCCAAUGUAUCUCUGAGUCUGAGCUGUGUGGCCCACGGACCUCCAGAGCCAGUCAGGGUCAUCUGGCUACAGGACGGUGCUCCUCUCAACUCCCUGACAGACCCGGUGGCCCUGUCACCCUCCACGCUUAACCUCACAGGUUUGAACAGGACCAGCACUUUUUCUUGUGAAGCCCAUAACCGCAAAGGCGUGGCCACCUCCGGAUCUGGUACCAUCACUGUUCUCCCAUCUCAGCCUCGGAAUCUGACAGCUGUGGAGAUCACUCCGACCAGCCUCCGUUUAUCAUGGCAGCCUGGUUUCGGAGGCGACUACCCGAUAAUCCGUUGCUCUGUUCAGGCCAAACAUGCGGGAGAGUCCUUCAAAGCAGGACCAGAUAAGAUGAUCCACAAUCAGAAUGUGAACAUCCCACCAGCCACGCACCUCAUUGGGGACCUGGAGCCCCACAGCCUCUAUGCUGUCAGGGUGGCCUGUCACAGCAGCCAGGGCCCAUCUGACUGGUCGCACUGGGUGGAGCUACGCACCAAAGAAGGAGUGCCAGAAAACCCACCUGUUAACGUGAGUGCGGUGUUGAACGGGACUGAGGUGCUGAUGACGUGGGAGGGGCCUCCAGGGAAGCUGAAUGGAGAACUGCAGGGCUACAUGGUGGAGUACAGCACGCCAGCCACACAGCAGUUUGUUGUGGACACUGGUUUGGACACCGAGCUGUCGAUCAAUCUGUCUCUCCCCCUGUCCAAUGUGUCCUUUCGAGUGUGUGCUUAUACAGGAGCCGGGCAAGGACCCUGGACUCCCACACAGACCCUGACACUUAUUACUCCUGAAAUGGAGGAAUUUAGAGGUCCGUCAUCGCCCCCAGCCUUUUCCUGGCACUGGUGGUAUGUGGUGAUGGCCAUCGCCGGUGCUGUGUCCAUUGCUGUGCUCAUGGCUGUUUACGUGGCCAAGCUGCGGCACAAGGAGACGCGCUUUGGAGAGGCGUUUGAACCCAUGAUGGAGAGCGGAGAGCUUGUGGUCAGGUACCGCGCUCGCCGCACCUACAGUCGCAGGACUACAGAAGCAACAUUGAACAGCCUGGGCAUCAGCGACGAGCUGAAGCAGAAGCUCCAAGACGUGAUGGUGGACAGACAUAAACUCACCCUGGGAAAGACCCUGGGAGAAGGGGAGUUUGGCUCUGUGAUGGAAGGGCUGCUGACUCAGGAGGAGUCUGUUCUCAAAGUUGCUGUCAAGACUAUGAAGAUUGCCAUCUGUACACGCUCAGAGAUGGAAGAUUUUCUCCGUGAGGCCGCCUGCAUGAAAGAGUUUGACCACCCCAAUGUCAUGAGGCUUCUAGGUGUGUGUCUGCAGACUGUGGAGAGUGAAGGUUACCCCUCCCCUGUGGUCAUCCUGCCCUAUAUGAAACACGGCGACCUGCACAGCUAUCUGCUAUACUCAAGGCUGGGAGACUGUCCUGUGUACCUCCCAUCUCAAAUGUUGGUAAAGUUUAUGACCGAUAUUGCCCGAGGGAUGGAGUACCUCAGCAGCAAGAACUUCAUCCACAGAGACCUCGCCGCUCGCAACUGCAUGCUGAAUGAGAACAUGAAUGUAUGUGUGGCUGACUUUGGCCUCUCUAAGAAGAUCUACAAUGGAGACUACUACAGGCAGGGGCGGAUCUCAAAGAUGCCCGUCAAAUGGAUCGCUAUUGAAAGCUUGGCUGAUCGUGUCUACACCACUAAGAGUGAUGUGUGGUCAUUUGGUGUCACCAUGUGGGAGAUCGCCACACGGGGCCAGACUCCAUACCCUGGGGUGGAAAACAGUGAGAUUUAUGAUUACCUGAGACAGGGGAACCGUCUCAAACAGCCUCCGGACUGUCUGGACAGCAUCUACGCCCUGAUGUUCUCCUGCUGGCUGCUGAGCCCGAAGGAUCGCCCGUCAUUUGAGUCCCUGCGCUGCGAGCUGGAAAAAGCCCUUGAGGAUCUUCCAGACACCCAGGACCCAGAUGAGAUCUUGUACGUCAACAUGGACGAGUCUUCCAUGGAGCUAGGGGCCGUUGGUGGCCGUGACCCCAUUGGGGGACCAGCCCCUCUCUGCCUGAAGGGCCUAGACUCUGUGACCACAGUGGAGGUCCACCACCCCAACCGCUACGUCCUCUGUCCCCAACACGAGACCAACCGAGCCCUCUCUGAGUCCUUGGAGAGCCUGGACAUGCCAGUGUCGUCCUCCACAGCCACGCUGCCUAUACAGCCCUCCUGCCACUCCACUCCCAACCCCACCCCGGCUCCCACCCCAACUGUCGAGCUGCUGGAGGACAGGGAAGGGUCCAGGAAACUGCCCUGGCAGUGAUGGCUUCACUCUUAAAAAUUACAAGACUCGUCACUGCCAAAGCGUGCUACCUUUUAACCCCGGUCCAUGAACGAGAUCCAGCCUCUUGCUACUGACUGUAAGAAACCAAACGUGCCCCUACAUUCAUAUUUUGCACAACUACACACAUAGCCGAAGACAUUCCAAGGAGGUGAAGGACUAGGAUUAUCUCCUUUGUCAACCCUCUGAAAUGAGCACAUUUCCAAAUGAGUGCAAAAGUUAUUGUCUGAUAAGUGUAGCAGGAGAAACACAAUGAUAGAUGAUGGGUGAACAAGUUUUAAGGACACGUACACUGCAGCACAAUCAGAGAAAUUAAUUCCUAGUCACUAUAGCAAUAAAAUACCAUACCUGCACAACUACCUACAUACAACAGAUUGAUCUCCUUCACACGAUUAAGCUAGAAAAUCUCUGUGAAACCAGCUCAGACACUGCCAGGCUGAAUCUACAACCAAACAAACUCAGGAGCUCGAACUUGUGAGUAAGGGCUAAGAUGGAGGACUCGCACCAGCUGAGGAAAGUGUUCCUCUGAUGGAGAAACCUCACCCAUCUGAAUCCAUGCUGUGUAACUGAGCAAAAAAAUGUCAAGGACUGGUAGGGAAGAAAGGAAGCAGCAACAGUGUCUCCGUCACUGAAGGUGCCAUCUGAUGAAGAUGACUGGCUACUUUGAUACAGUUUAUGAAGGACAAUAAGAUGAGUUUAGGGCUAAAAUCCCCAGCAGUGUCGCUGUUGGGCUGCUUUUUUUUUUUU